AUGAAUUUAUAUAAUGUAGAUGAUGAAAGAUUAACUAACCUAAAUAUAACAUCUCAUGUCAUUAUGAAUAUAGAAUAUUUCUGGACUGAUGAAAGAGUCAGAAGACUUUGUGAAGCUAUCUAAAACUUAGAUGAUAUCUAAAUCAAUUUAGAUUUAUUUUAGUAAAAAAUAUUAUAAUCUUAAGGCCAAGAUCUUGUACAUAAAUUACUGAUUAAUGUUUCUAAUAUUUUGGUAAUUUAAUGCCUACAAACUUAUUGGAACUUUCUUUAAAUAAUUGGGGAAAUCAAAAUUAUAACAUUUCUGACAUAGCCUUCAUUCAUUUAGGAAAGGCCUUUAAAAAUUUAAAGAUUUUAAGGUUAAAUCUUUAAUAAUGGGGACAUAAGGGAUGCAAGAUAUCAAAUAUUGGGGUAGUUUAAUUAUUUAAGAGUCUUCCAUAAUAAAUUUAGGAAUUGGAGCUAAAUCUUAACAAGUAUAAUUGACAAGAUUUCAAGAUUAGGAUAUAGAAAUCAAAACAUUACUGGACAUUCAUUUGUAGCUAUGGGUGAUUUCAUUGAAAAUUUGUAGAAUUUAAAAAAUUUAACUUUGAAUUUGGCAGAGUACUUUUCUAUUUUAAUUAUAAUAUUAGUUGGGGAAAUGAUUAUAAUAGAUCCUUAGAAUUAUUUUUAAAUGAGGAUCUCUAAUAUUUGAUUGAGAAGAUAUUCAAUUUAGAUUUAGAAAAACUUCAUUUGGACUUAACAGGUUUGGGAAUGAAUGGUAGUAAAAUUACUGAAGAAAGUGCAUUUUUCCUAUUAUAACAUUUAUAAUAAACAGACAUUUAUGAUUUAAAUAUUAUAUUAUAAGGUUGGAUAUGUAAUGUGGAAGUAAAGAAUUAGAUUUUGAAAAUGACUAAAGAGAAAUAAUAAUAAAAAAAAUAUAUGUACUAAUUAUUAGCAAUAAAAUCUUUGGAUGUUUCAACUUAGGAUAGAAUACUUGAGGAAAUUUUUGCAAAAUUAUGA